AUGACGACAAAUUCAGUUUUGUUCACUUAUGGUAAUUUAUCUACAUCUUGGCUCUAUGUUGAAGAAACUACAUCAACAACUUCUGCAAAUCAUCUCGGGAAGCUAGCAAUCCAUGACACAAGUUCUCAAUGUGUUGAAGAAGAAUGUAGACUCCGCAAAAGUAUUAAUCGAAGUCUUUACAUGCUUAUGCAAUUUCAGGUAAACUUCAGUGAUCAUUCCAGAUACUAUGACUUUAAUUCUAUUGGAAUUUCUAUGUCUUUGGCAGCUAAUGCUGGAUUGAGACCGCUAAUGGAUGGAAGAUGGAACUUGCCAGUGUGCAAUGUGUUUGAACCGAUGUCUGACUUUUGUGAGAUUGAAGGAGAUAUUAGGGUCGAGGGGAAAUCAUCUUCCAUAUAUUUUACUUCGUCCACAAAUGAAUCGUGGAGAAUCAAACCUUAUGCUCGAAAAGGAGACAAUGACGCAAUGAAAUAUGUUACCGAGUUAUCAAUAAUAUCAUUUCUGGAGACUGAUAAACGAGCAACAGCCCCUGACUGCAACAUAAAUCAUUUUACUCCAGCAAUAAUUUUUUCGGUUGGAGGGUAUGCAGGAAACCAGUUCCAUGCUUUCACCGAAGUAUUGCUUCCACUUUAUCUCACUUCUCAUCACUUUCACCAAGAAGUUCAAUUUUUGGUAACUAGUUCACAACCUUACUGGCUUAAGAUGUAUGAAUCAAUUAUGAAACAACUAUCUAGGUAUCCAAUCAUCGAUAUCGACAAAGAAGUUGACGUACAUUGCUACCAAAAAGUAACAGUAGGUCUCAAGCAUCAUAAAGAUUUGGGUAUCGAUCCCACAAAAUCUCCAAAAGGCUAUUCUAUGGUGGAUUUCGCUGAAUUUUUAAGGAUGUCGUACUCAUUGGAACGGUCUUCCGCAAUAAAGAUGGAUGGAGAAUUUCUUAAGAAAAAUGAUAACAAGAAACCAAGACUGUUAAUCCUUUCACGUAAAAGAACAAGAAGAUUUACAAAUGAGGAUGAAAUUGUUACUAUGGCCAAAGAUUUGGGAUAUGAAGUGAUUGUAGCGGAACCCGGGGUGACAACAACUUCAUAUAAUUUCACACACAUUGUGAAUUCAUGCGAUGUGAUGGUCGCUGUGCACGGAGCUGGUUGUACUAAUCUUCUAUUUCUUCCUUCUAAUGCAAUACUAAUUCAAGUCUUUCCGUUGGGUCCUUUGGAAGAAUUUGGCAGGCAUAUUUAUGGAGAACCAGCUGAAGCAAUGAACUUGAGAUACCUUGAGUACAAGAUAACAGUAGAAGAGAGCAGUUUGGUAGAACAAUACCCAGCUGAUCAUGCCAUUUUUAUGGAUCCUGAUUCAUUUUCAGAAAAAGGGUGGAGUGCAGUGAAGUCUGUAUAUUUAGACCAACAAAGUGUAAAGCUUGAUGUUGGUAGAUUUAAGGAUACUUUGUUAGAAGCACUUGAGCUUCUUCAUCACUAG